GUUUUCGUUAGGGAAAUUUUGGAAUCAUUUUUGGAAGAUUUUGUAAUCGAAAGUGAUGAUUCUCUAAGGCGAUAAGCUCAAAUAUCAAACAAAGGUGGUUUUCAAAGGACGAAGUGUCGUAUCAGUAAUUGAAUUCACUCAUUAAACAAAUCAGUAAAAUUUAGCUCAGAAGACGCGGUUAAAGGGAGAAAUUCGGAAUUUCUGCCCAUGGAACCUCCAAUGUUAACCGGGUUGCAAUAAAAAAAAAAGGAUAGACACGAGUUGAUUAUUAAAUCUGCAAUGGUGGAUUCGGUUAUAGGAUCUCAGUGAAGUUGGUUUUGUGGCUCGAUAAUAGCAUCUUUUUCAGGAGAAGAACGCCAGCUCUAUCACACGGGACGAAAAACCCAGAAAGAUCAAGGCAAGGCAAAGAGAGCACAGAAAAUCAAAAGUGACAGUGAACGAUACCAGAUCACAGCCAGUAUUGUACAAAACAAGAUAUUUAUUAUUCAAUUAAAAUGAAUAUUAUUCACUAUUCAUUUGUCAUUUUCCUGAUCUCGAUAUUUCAACAUUCCGUUGAAGGACAAAGAAAUGCAGGUUGUGUGAGACCACGGAUAGAAAAUGGACGUGCUAAAGUUCGAGCCAGAGGAAAAAUGGUUUACUUUCGUUGUAGAAAGAAAUUCACUAGAAUCGGUCCCAAGUUUGCUGUUUGUUUACCUAACAGUGUAUGGAGUCAGCCAGCGCCUAUUUGUAUAGGACGAGGUUGUCCAACUAUAGUGCCAAAAGAUGGUUUGCAGAUUUCGGGAGAAUAUGAUGGUGCCAUGCUAAAAUUUACUUGUCCUGCUGGAAUGAAAAGGGAAGGACCCGAAUCUAUUCACUGUAAUGGAAAGAAAUGGAAUGCUGAUCAGCCGUCCUGUGUUGUCGGUAUAAGUCUACAGUGUGAUUUUGAACAAGAGGAGUUAUGUGGUUGGAGUCAGUCAGAUGAUGAUGAUUUUGAAUGGACCUGGUUAUCUGGUAAAACACCAACUGUCAAUACCGGACCCUUACGUGACCAUACACAUGCUUCCAAUUCUACAGGUCAUUAUCUAUUUAUUGAAUCGUCGUCACCAAGAAAACCACUGGAUAGAGCUGUACUGGCCUCACCUCUCUACCAAGCUAAAUAUAGUGACACGUGUUUUGAAUUCUGGUAUCACAUGCAGGGACCUGAUGAAGAAAACGCUGUGGGAAGUUUAGAAGUUUUUGUUAAACCAGAAAGUCUUACAAUCAAUGAUAUUGAUCCUGAGUUUAUUAUGGAAGGUAAUCAAGGUGCUGAUUGGAAACGAGGAACUAUUUAUAUAGAAGGUCAAACAGAGGUCUUCCAGAUAAUAAUUGUGGGUACACGAAAGGAAGCUUUUGUAAGUGAUAUAGCUAUUGAUGAUGUUAGAAUGUAUAAUUGUUCUGAGGAUUCAUUAACUACUGCUGAAGCAGAUGAAAUGACUACGGAGUCAGAAUCUAGUUCUCCAGAUGUACAAUCAUCGAUAAUUACUCAGAAAAUAACUUCAACGACAAUUUCCAAACCAAGCGCAACAACAAAAGCAGUUAAUGGUACAACCCGGAAACCUACCACAGCAGUAACAAAACAGUCAAACAUCAAAACAACUAGUGUGCCAACCACAGCAAGAUUGACUCCAAAGAAAACGCCUACAACUAUUAGGAAAACCACGCCGAUGAUAACAACAUCAAUGAAAACAACACCAGAACCUAAAACCACACCAAUUGUUCGCACAACCAAAAUGAAGACAACGAUGAGCACGUCCACGACAACAAAACGACCAACUUUCAAAUCAACCAUACCACGAAAAACCAUGAAGACGACAAGCCGUCAAAAAUAUAGCAAAACAACAAUAAAACCAAAACAAACAACUGUUAAAUCAACAACACCACUAACAACUAUGAAAAAAACAAUCUCGGGGAAACCUAAGUCACCUUCAAAAAGCACAAGCAUGAAAGCAAAAGCUUCAACAAUUUCGGUCAAUCCUUCAACAUCGACACCGAAGACUAAUACUACAAGAAAAACCAGCAUAAAACAAACGCAUAUAACUCCAAUAACCGAUGCUAUCAAACCAAGUACCAGGAAUACAACCCUAAGCAUAUUUAGCUCAGUAUCAUGGGAGUCAACCGGAAGUACAACGAUUCCUAGGCUUUCGGCUGAUGGAAAUAAUACGGUAAAUUUAACGCAAACAGAUAUUGGAAUUGGAGAGACCCAAACAUCAGUGGGAAGAACUGGUGGAGCUUCCAUGACUCCUCUCAUAAUAGGUAUAUCAUGUGGAAUAGCUGUAGGUUUAAUAGUUAUAGCAAUUUUGGCAUAUAUGUGGGUUAGGCGUCAAAGAAAUAAGCUAUCUGAUGAAACUAUAGAGGAAAUGGCGCCCAUUACCAAUGCCGAAGGUGGUUACUAUCAUCCGAGUUAA